UUUUUUUUCAUCUUACUUUGUUGUGCUGUCUGUCCUGUUACUGUGUCUUUCACACAGACACAGUGAAACACAGGACAUACACUGAGUGAAGCUAAAGCUACAUACAAAUCCAACACCUAGAAAAACAAAAUCUAGUGUAUUCUUUAAGGUUCUUGCUUUUUCCUUUGCUGUUUUUCUCAUCACAAUGGGGAUUGUCUCUCAGGAUGCCCUUAACCAACUACAGGCUCUCAUAGAUCAAGUUGAAGAGCCACUUCAGAAAACAUUUCAGAAUGUUCAUCAAGGACAUGUAACUGAAACCUUGAUUCGGUUUCUGAAAGCAAGGGAAUGGAAUGCUUCAAAGGCGCAUAAAAUGUUGAUUGAUAGUUUGAACUGGAGGGUACAAAAUGAGAUUGACAAAAUAUUAUCGAAACCAAUAAUCCCUCAGGAUCUAUAUAGAGGUUUGCGCGAUUCUCAACUCAUAGGAUUGUCAGGGUACUCAAGAGAGGGCCUGCCUGUCUUUGCAAUCGGUGUUGGGCUUAGCACAUUCGACAAAGCAUCUGUCCAUUAUUAUGUUCAGUCUCACAUUCAAAUUAAUGAAUAUCGUGAUCGUGUAAUCUUGCCUUCUGCAUCGAAGAAGCAUGGUCGCCCUAUUACAACAUGUGUGAAGGUUUUGGAUAUGACUGGUCUGAAGCUGUCAGCCCUGAAUCAGAUUAAGUUAUUAACAAUAAUAUCGUCCAUUGAUGAUCUGAACUACCCUGAGAAGACAAAUACUUAUUACAUUGUAAAUGCCCCAUACAUAUUUUCAGGUUGUUGGAAGGUUGUGAAGCCACUUUUACAAGAGAGGACUAGGAAAAAAGUGCAAGUCUUACAAGGCUGUGGGCGAGAUGAGCUGCUGAAGAUCAUGGAUUACGCAUGUCUACCACAUUUUUGUAAAAAAGAAGGCUCUGGAUCAUCCAAACAUUCAGGUAGUGGGAGUGAAAAUUGCUAUUCCUUGGAUCACCCCUUCCAUCAAGAACUCUACAACUACAUCAAGGAACAAUCCAGAAUGAAUGAAGAUAGGAAACCAAUCAAGCACGGAUCUUUCCAUGUAGAAUUUCCUGAACCUUCUGCCGAUGAUGGAGAAAUUGCGAAGACUAUAGAGUCAGAGAUACACAAGUUUGAGAACAGUCAUGGGAAUGUGAUUGAUGGUUGAUACUAUUUAUGAGUUUAUUGUCAACGGUGUCUUCACCUUCUGGUCUUUUUGCCAAUCCUAUAAGUCUUGUUAAUUAUUUGAACCAACCAAUCCUUUGUAGUUGUACAAAGGUUACACCUUCGUAUUUAUCAGAUUCUGCAGUAGUUGUUAGUUUCAUAAAUUUAGGGAAUAGUCGGAAUAAUACCGAUAAGAGCUUUGCUUUGUGUCAUAAUGCUAGAUAGAAAUGUCAAAUAUAUUACUUUACUAUUAUUACUAUGUGGUUUCUUCUCUAA